AUGGAGAUAUUUUAUCUUCUUUGCUCUAUCGUCUCCAUUUCCCUCACCACUCUUCUCCUCUCCCUUAUCCUUCCCUUCAACGCGCUACUGAGGCGGCGUGAAUCCUCACGCGCCGCUUCUUCCUUCACCCAAGACGAAGUCGAACCCGUAUCUCUCUACGAAGGCACAGUGUGGCACCAACGUCGUCACCCCGUCAAUCAUUCCUUCCAAUAUCGGGUUCGCUACGCACUCAUUGACCUCGACCGUGCACCUCACGCGCCAAACGACCAUCUUUCUCCCGAUGAAGCUCGCCAAAUCACCGAUACCAAUGGACCCAUUUUGCUCCUGACAAUCCCCCCUAGUGUGGGUUAUGAACAGAAUCCUUUGAGUGUGUAUUAUUGCUAUGCUGUUGAAGGCUCUACUAAACGGUUGAAGAAGUGCAUUGCUGAGGUUACAAAUACACCAUGGGGUGAAAGAGUGUCUUUUGUUUUCAAUCCGCACUCUGAUCUAGUGGCCAAGGCUUUGCAUGUCAGUCCUUUUAUGGAUAUGAUUGGAAUUUGGAAUAUCAAAGCAAGUGAUCCUGGUGAGAAUCUUACAAUAUCAAUUUCAGUUCAUCACCCUGAGCAUGGAAACUAUUUUACCGCCAGUCUGAAAGCCAAAAGGCUGUGCUCAUCCCCAGUGUCACAUCAUGCAAUUUUCUUUUGGUUGAUGCCUCAUAAGGUUGCAGUUUGGAUAUAUUGGCAUGUAAGCUUCCUUUUCAUCUUUCAUCUUAACUCACAUGUUUAA